CGCGCCCCAGGGACGCACCGCCGACCCAGCGCCAGGCCCCGCCUGGUGAUUUCCGCGCGCCCGCGUCCCUCUCUCCUGGGUUUUUCCUGUGGAACCGAGCAAGGGGAGAAGUCCAGCUCCUGAGCCCAGCCUUCCCCGGGCGCGCAGCCCCGACGGGGCCGCGGCAGGCGCGGUGAGAGCGCCAGCGGAGCCAUGAGAGAGUACAAAGUGGUGGUGCUGGGCUCAGGCGGCGUGGGCAAGUCGGCGCUCACGGUGCAGUUCGUGACGGGCUCCUUCAUCGAGAAGUACGACCCCACGAUCGAGGACUUCUACCGCAAGGAGAUCGAGGUGGACUCGUCGCCGUCGGUGCUGGAGAUCCUGGACACGGCGGGCACGGAGCAGUUCGCGUCCAUGCGGGACCUGUACAUCAAGAACGGCCAGGGCUUCAUCCUGGUCUACAGCCUGGUCAACCAGCAGAGCUUCCAGGACAUCAAGCCCAUGCGGGACCAGAUCAUCCGCGUGAAGCGGUACGAGCGCGUGCCCAUGAUCCUGGUGGGCAACAAGGUGGACCUGGAAGGCGAGCGCGAGGUCUCUUAUGGCGAGGGCAAGGCCCUCGCCGAGGAGUGGAGCUGCCCCUUCAUGGAGACCUCGGCCAAAAACAAAGCCUCGGUGGACGAGCUGUUCGCCGAGAUCGUGCGGCAGAUGAACUACGCGGCGCAGCCCAACGGCGACGAGGGCUGCUGCUCGGCCUGCGUGAUCCUCUAGGUGCCCGCGGGCUGCGCGCCGGCCGCGCUCGCUCUGCGCACAAAAGCCAAACGCACCCGACUGUCUAAAUGUGAUUUUUCUCGUCUUGCUUUGAGAUUGGAGAUGACUUUGCAUUGGCCGGGGUGUCCUGGGAGCCCAACUGGCUUUCCCGGCCCGGGUCCCCUGUCUCCGCCUCGUGUCAGAGGGGGUGUCCCGUCCUGACCAGCCGAGACCCCUUGGGAAUGUGGCUCUUUGCAGCAUGUACGUUUCUCAUUGAUUUUGGUUGGCGCAUAUGUCCCCGUUUAAGUAGCCGCUAGGGCGCUAGAUUGGCUUCCUGACACCGGCCAGCGAAAGUUUCAGCCUGGAAGAAAUAGGGGUGGGGGAAAUGCACAGGACGUGGAAGGGGGGAGUCCUGUUUUGUUCUUUUUUUUUUUUUUUUUGUCAACAGCCGUUUUCUAGUUGCAAGUUUUAAAUACAUGGAAGGAAGUCCGGGAGAACCAAAUGAAGGAGCAGGAGGAGAGGAAGAAACUUUUGUUUUUUCCUCCUUUUUUUUUUUUUUCUAAGAGUAGCUGGAAAUUAAGGUUGGGUUCCUUUUCUGCCAGCUUGGAAGGGCAACCCCGUGACUGAUGGCGAUUCUGAGGAUGUCUAUGCAAAGUUGGAUUCUUGUUACAGUGUAUCCAAUCUGAAGUAUUGCACAUCUGAUCUGGGACUGUUAACACUGAUGCCAAUAGUGUGGGGUGCCAGUGUCUGCUGAUAUUUGUGGAAAAAAAAAUCUAUUUUGUUUACCUACUGUAUCAAAAGGGGGAGGGUCUGGGGGGAGAACGGUAGUAUUUUUUUUUAUCAGCUGUGAAAAAAAAAUGUUACAGAUUCUGCACAUUUGUGUGUGUACUAUUUGUGUGUGUGCGUGUGUGUGUGUGUGUAUGUGUGUUUAAGUUGAGCUUCUUGUUCUUAUUGGUUGGCAGUAACAGAUUUUGGUGACUAGCUCUUUAAAAUACAGUACAAAGACUUCGCAAAUGUGAUUCAGGGCUCCCAGCACCCCUGUGUCUGCAGAGUGCCUUCAAAACUCAGCUGUUCCAGCCGGUGCCAUCCUGUGAACUUCCCACCAUAUCCCAGAAUCUGCUCUUCCCCAAACCACUUCCCAGUUUCCUUUCAGUAAUCUUCCUGAAGGAGCCAGGACAAUAGGCCUGUUGUUCGGUGAAUUUCUAUAUUAUUUCCAUACUUUAAAAUGCAAUUUUAAUGUUUUGCAAUUGUGUGUGCUGUUUUUCUUUUUUUUUUUUUUGCUUCAUUUUGUUCAAAUGUUCAGGUAUUUAGCUCCCCUUUUAUAUUAUUUUAAAGAUGUCAUGUUUAUCUGUCAUAGGGUUGUCCUCCAGACGCAAAGAGCAAAAUUUUACUGUUGUGAUAUACCAAGAGAAUUCUAAUUGUAAUUUUUAAUUCCAGACAUGCGUUUGAUCAUUGUCUCUUCAAGACUUUUAAUACAAAUGUCAUUUUUAAAGAAACAAACCCAAAACUAUUGUUUGUGUUUCUGUGUUUCAUAUUCAGUGACUUAAUACCACCUUAGGUGGACAGGGGCAGGUGCAUGAUGCCCCCCAACUGUUGUUUGUCAGAUUUUGAAGACAGAGUAUUUCAGUAAAAAGUUGGGUCAGGUUACUCCCAACUCCUUAAAUAUGUAAAAAAUUGUCGAGGUCUUAGAAGCCCUGGGGUAUGAUGGUACCUUGUGACUACAGGAUGAUCUGGACAUUGCAUCUGUACUGCAAUAUGGAACAUUUUACCUUGCUGUAGGGCGGGGAGGGGAGACAUCCACUGUUCAUACUGCCUUGGAUCUGGGAACAACCAUCCACCUCAGAAGGCAGAAUGGAGAUGAGUUUUAAUUUUUCUUCCCUUUUUCUUGGUUUCAGUUUACACAUCAAAUCAAAAGAGGGUUUGGGGGAAAUGAUUCCAAUUCUGAAUUCACACCUUGUAUUUUUGACAGUCCAGUGUUUGGACUGUGGACCGUAUCUCUACGCUUUGAGGUUUUAAUUUGGAAAUCGAUCAUUAGAUUUAAAAAAAGAAAAACUGAGACAAACCCCUUCAUUCUCAUUACACUGUGCAGUUUGUGGACCAUUUUGACCUCAUAAAGUUUUCCUUCUAACAGUAGGAAGCAGUGUGAUCUUUUUAUUUUAAUUUUAUUUCUGUUCAGGAGGCCUUUGGUAAUAUAACCACUGUAGGAUAAAAGAAGGUGUAUGGUUAUGUAUCAAGAGCACUUGAUCUGCCUUAGGUCUAGGAAGUGUAGGUGAGGUCUUCUGAAGGAUCUUUUGACAAAGAUUUAUUCUGUUGGGGAAGCCAAAAGCAAUUACAGUACACAGGUUUCUUUGAAGUAUUAAAAUAACUUGCCUUAAAAAGUCUUAUUUGCCCAGGUAACAUCUCAGGAUUCCCAGUUGGAGGAAGAAUAGAGAAUUUUGCCUGUGAUGGUCCUAUGACCUCUUUUCACUCUUGAUCCCACUUAAGUAAUAAUAUUAAACUCAAUUGGAUGGUGAAAUGUAUAUAUUCUAAAAAUAGAAGUUAAAAGGAACUACUCAAAUGUAUGCCUUUGCAACAAUAUGUUCUGGCAUUUGAGUGAAUAUAGUUGUUCCAGUAGAUCUAAAGUGUUGAAAAUUCUGAACACGUGUAUCAAGUGCUGUGUGAAGGAUUUUUUAAAAAGGCAUUUGUUGACUGUUUCAUAUGGUUUUGUUAUUUUGGAAGCCUUUUGACAUAAAAUGCUGCCAAGUAGCUAAUAAAAUAAAUGUAUAUACUCCUGACAGGGAAUAUUUGAAAAUGGGAAAUUGGAAAUGAAGUAGGUUAUUGGAUGCAUUAAUCAUCAUAAUAUAGGAUUUAGUCACUUGCAUGACUAAAUUCUUUAUAGGUCUGGGAUGGUAGGGCAGAAGAUUUCAAUAUGCUUUUACCUAGUACUGUAAAAUAAAUACUUUUUGGAUUCUCAUUGAAAGCAAUUUUGUGUGUGUGCCUGGAACAAGAAAAUAGUAGCUCUGAGUUUCUGUGUUAUUUCCUUGACAACAUUGAGAGAAAUUAGGGACAUUGAUUUUAAGAAUAUGUCAGUUUACUUGGCCGGUAAGAACCCCUUCUAGUAUUCUGGUGAGAAGAGAUAAGAGCAUUUGUUUAGAUGAAAAGUUGAACUAAGAGUGUUAAAAGCGAGGGAGGUGGCAACAAGUUCCUUGAAAGGCAAUCACCUGUCAAAACAAACUGGGCGGGAAAGGAACCUUUAUCUGAGGGAGGAAGAGCUAACUUUUAAACUUGACCCCUGCUGUCUUGUAACAGCUCUUCCUUUUGGUUCCUGACAGUCAUCCAGUCUGUAUGUCAUUUCAAAGAAUUAUUUCUGUUCCCCUUUUGUAAUAGCCUUAGAAAAAUUGAAGGUAUCUUAAUUCUUAACAUUUGGAAGUGAAUGUUUCUCAGGUGGAACAUUUCCAUGUUAACUGUGGACAUAAGUUUUACUGAAUCACAUUGUGGGAUCAAAUCUAUUAGGGAUAAGAAUUCUUCAGAUGUAUGAGCCCUCAUGUGUCCUGAUUAGUUAACAUUUUCUGUGGGUGGGAAUCCUAAAAUGCCUCCUCUAUUUGAUGUGUUAGGUAGUUUUUUAGAUGUCUUCACCAGCACGUUACUGCUUGCACCCCUUUUGAAAUAUAUACCAGUAUUUCUCAUAGAAUGGGAAAGUGAGAGAACAGAAUACAUGUGAGAUAUAUUUUCUUUAUAUAUUCUAUAUGUCUCAUAUAUAUUCUGUUCUUGAAAAAUGGAUGUAAAAUGCCUGUACCUUUCUGUCAUAAGAAUACAUAUUUUUCAUUCAUGCUUUAAUAGUUGGAAAAAGAUCCCUACUUAUGUAUGAACUUAAAUAUGAAAGAAACAUUUAAAUUGCAGAUUACCACUGUUAAAAUGGUAUCAAAUAUUUGUCACAGUGUCACCUGGAAAAGCUUAUUUAGUAUACAUUUUGUCUUUAUGAAAAUGUAUCAAGUUUUUAAAAAUUAGUACAAUGUGAUGUUCUUGCUUAUAAUAGUAUACUUGGACUACUAGGUAUUACUGAAUACAUUUCAUGAAGAUGGUGCUAGUUCUCAUCUGAUAACUGGAUUUCUGUGGUUUGAAAGUCUUUAGGGACCCUCUAGUCCAGGGUUUCUCAAACUUCACCACAUAUUAAACUCGUAGAUAGAAACAUAUAUCACUGGGCCCUUCCUUUGGUGUCCUAUCCCAUAAGUCUGCAUAUGGCUCAUAACUAACAUUUCAAGCAAGUUUGCAGGUGAUGAUAUUUCAGAUGAUUCUAGGGUAUAUACAAAUUACCAAGUUCCACCUAAGAUACUUUUGGGUCGCUGACUUAAAAAGUCUCUGACUUAAAAUCCAGGUAAUAUAUUAUAUUGUGUCGCCUACCACAAAGUAAUAGGAUAAUCUCUAUUGAUAUCUACAGCUGAAGAGGACAGAUAAGGCUGUUAAACUGCAGAGUAUGAAGUGGGAUAUACACAUUGCAGAUUAAGUGCCUGACCAUUAUGACAUUAGUACAUGGAAAUUUCCUCUGUUUUUCAGUGUUAAUUCAGAAGUUGACUACAAUGAGAAAAUGAUUAGAAUAGGGGCAUAGGUCUAAAUAAUCAGAAUCAAUAUUUGCUCUUCCAAAAGCAAUUCUGAAAAGAGUAUCUUAGAUAAAAGGUAAUACUUUGAAGUAUUUCCUCUUUACUUCAAGAUUAAAAGGCAAAGAUUUCAUCUUUUGUACACUUCUGAGCAUGUAUACUAAAAAAACCCAAUAUUUGAGAAUUAAGGCGGAAAUUCAGAUCAUGCUAAGCACAAUGUGUAUAUAUAUGUAUAUGUGUGUAUGUAAAUACAUACACUCAGUUUCGAGGUAUUAGUCAAUUUGCUAUCAUAUAGUUUAAAGUUACCCAUUCAGGCAGAAUUUAUAAAGCUGUGCCACAUAUCUUGUUUUGUUAUACAUCUUAAACAUUUGGAAUUGUGAAUGUUGAUCUGUUUUAUAAAUUGGAGGGAACAGCUAUUUGUCUUCUUCCUUUGGCAUUAAGUCUUGUGGAAAUGUUUUCCAUAGGAGAGUAGCUGUCCAAUUGACUAAGCAUUAUUUUUCAAAUGAAUUAUCUGGCAAAAUGAUGUGUUUGCUAAAUUUAUCAGGGGUUUGAUGAUGUGUAGUUGAUUUGUGAUAAAUGUGCAAAUGUAGCAAAAAUAUUUUUUUAAAUAGAAGAGAAAGAUUAUUGGUGCAUUGAGAACAGGGGUGCUAAAAUAAAAGGGCCUGGUAUUGUUACUUCAUAGGUAAGAAUUAUGGUUACAUUGGAAAUUGAUAAUUAUAGCUGUUAUUGGUUCAUUUGUUCUUCAGCAAGCAUUUAUUGAGCACAUACUAUUAGCUAUGGUUUAAGACCUACUGCUAAAAUUGCGAAAAUAGCUUCUAUUAAUAAAAGCAUAUGGAAAAGGACAGCUUACAUGUGACAUCAAUUAUACUCCUGUAGAUUUAUCUGGUAGGCAAUACGGAGGUACAUUUCUUGAAAUUUGGAACUUUGAAAGGUAAUGAAUAUUGCAAAUAAAAAUAGAUCCCAAAGAUUUAAGAUUUCAGUAACUAAUAGUUGUUUUGUUACAGUGGAACUCUGUCAUGUUGUGCAUUGUUUCCAACUUCCUUUAUGAGAUUAACUAAAGUUGAACAUUUAGAAAUAGGAAAUCAAUUUGCUCUCCUAUUUCUAUAUUGAAGGCAAGAGAGAAAAAUGGAGGAAAAGACGAGUUUGUUUACUCUUGGUUUGUUUUAAUGAAACAAAAAUGGGUGCUGUAGGUUAUAAUCUUAAGGAAAACAAUUGUUGGCAUGCAGUCUUUGGGGCCUCCUCAUGAAAAGAAGUUUCAGGUUAGGGUACUUCUUUUGUAGAAGAUAAUCUGCUAAAAGUUGGUGUACCAAAGAAAUAAGCUGAUGCAGUAAGUUUGCUAAGCUUACAGUUACUUUACACAAAAGUUCUUAUUCUCUUGCCUUUAGUGCUUACUGGAACAAAGCAACCAGCUGAGAGAAAGAAAUGUUGGGUAACAAGCUAUAGAGGUAGCAGAAACAGAGGUAAAAUCAUAUGUAAACAGAGAUAAAAUCAUACUGUAAAAUCAUAUGAAUUGAAGGGAGUUGUAGUACUAAAUUCCUGCUGUUUGCAAAAUGAUUUCUAGUGGCCAAUUCAUGGAGACUCUCAUGAAUUUAACAUACUUUCUAAAUGUAGAAAGUCAGAAAAUUACAGAGGUAGCAGAAUAGUUCAUCCAAAGGCACUAUUUUUUUAAAAAAAUCUAAUUACUAUACAUCCAUUUAUGUGAUGCA